UAUCCUUUCCCUUUAGUGUUUACUAGCUAAAGAUUUGCUUCCACUCCUUCUUACUCACACAAGGAUGGCUGGAAUCGCAUUUGGGCGCUUCGACGACUCCUUCAGCCUUGGUUCCAUCAAGGCCUACCUCGCUGAAUUCAUCUCUACCCUACUCUUUGUCUUUGCGGGAGUUGGAUCAGUAAUAGCUUACAACAAGUUGACAUCCAAUGCGGCACUGGAUCCAGCGGGACUUGUUGCUGUGGCUGUUUGCCAUGGGUUUGCCCUCUUUGUUGCAGUCUCCGUCGGUGCUAACAUCUCCGGUGGGCAUGUAAACCCGGCCGUGACUUUUGGGUUGGCUCUUGGUGGCCAGAUCACCGUCCUCACUGGAAUCUUAUACUGGAUUGCCCAGCUCGUUGGUUCCAUCGUCGCUUGUUUCCUCCUUAAGACAGUCACAGGAGGCAUGGCAAUUCCAAUCCACUCUUUGGCUGCUGGAGUUGGAGCAAUUGAAGGAGUUGUUAUGGAGAUUGUGAUAACUUUCGCUUUGGUCUACACAGUGUACGCAACUGCUGCAGACCCGAAGAAGGGUUCCUUAGGAACCAUUGCUCCUAUUGCAAUUGGUUUAAUCGUGGGUGCCAACAUCUUGGCAGCUGGGCCCUUCUCUGGUGGUUCCAUGAACCCUGCUCGCUCCUUUGGCCCUGCUGUUGCUAGCGGCAACUUCACCGGCAACUGGAUCUACUGGGUUGGCCCCCUCAUCGGUGGAGGCCUCGCUGGGCUUAUCUAUGGCAACAUCUUCAUGAACAUUAACCAUUCUCCUCUCUCCAGCGACUUCUAAAUUGAUUUUCAUGAAACCGCCACAGUAAUGAAAUUCUUGGUUGCCCACACCUUUGUGGCUAUGUCUCUUCUUUGCACGGCUUUCAUGUAUGUGUGUUUGGGUUAUGUGCAGUAGUGACCUUUAUUAUGAAAUGUCUCUCUUUUCGGUUCA